GUAUAAUUUCCGGUGUUAUGGCGACUGGGUCUCCGUACUUCCAUUUACAUGUAGUUUCUCCGAGGGCUUUGGGUGUGUUGCCAACCAGUACGACCAUCCUAUGUGCUCCCUGACUGACUAUGCUGUUGCUGGUAGCGCUGGGCAUGGUCUUUGCUUACACUGUGGUCAGCACGGAGAGGGAAGACCGUUCUUUCACCGACAACAGAAGCCACAAACCACGGCUGAACUACAGCAGCUUCUCACUGCCAGAGGAGCACAUCCCUUACUUUCUGAGCAACAAUAGGAAAGUUGCCAAGCUGUGCCGAGAGGAUCCCCUGUGUCCGUUCAGAGACACUCUUUGGGAUGGGAAGGCCUGCUGGGGGUAUGAGAAGCACUGUUCGCCAGAGGCCAGGUUUGGCUAUCCCACCUGCUCCAGAGUGGACCCAGGAUGGGCCAGCUCAGUUCAGGCUGCUCAAGAUGUGUUCUGGAAACAGGCAGACUUCGGCUACGUGAGAGAGCGCCUGGAUGAAAUGAAAACACUCUGCAAUCCCUCAAAGCCCGGUGAUUCCUCUCUGGUCUGCACCAGCCACACACGCUUCUGCAGGGCCACAAACCUGUACUUGGACCUGAGAAACCCCCGGAGAGGGCAUGAGAGAUAUAAGGAGGACUUCCUCCAGGCAGGGGAGAUUGGAGGACACUGCAGUCUGAACUCUAGAGCUCUGCAGGCAGAAGGGCAGCACAAGAGCCCACUCCAGUCCUGGUUUGCUGAGCUACAGAUGUACACACAGCUUGACUUCCACCCAAUAGAGGAUGGCAGAUGUGACAUCAUCAUAGAGAGACCCACAAUCUUCAUGAAACUAGAUGCAGGGGUGAACAUGUACCAUCACUUCUGUGACUUUGUGAACCUCUACAUCUCGCAACACCUCAACAACUCCUUCAGCAGAGACGUCAACAUUGUUAUGUGGGACACUAGUUUAUAUGGAUAUGGAGAUCUGUUCAGUGAGACAUGGAGAGCCUUUUCUGAUCAUGACAUCAUUCACCUUAAAACCUAUGACUCUAAAAGGGUGUGCUUCAAAGACACUUUUUUCUCAUUACUUCCUCGAAUGAGGUAUGGGCUGUUUUACAAUACACCAUUAAUUUCUGACUGCCAAAGUGACGGGAUGUUCAGAGCAUUCUCACAGCAUGUUCUACAUCGACUACAGAUUCCACAAAAUGGACUGAAGGAGGGGAAAAUUCGUGUCACAUUACUUGCGCGAAGCACGGAGUAUCGCAGGAUUUUAAAUCAGCAGGAGCUUAUAAAUGCAUUGAAAACAGUGCCGUUAUUUGAGGUGAACAUGGUGGACUACAAGUACAAGGACAUCCCCUUCUUGGAUCAGAUCAGGAUCACCCACAACUCAGACAUCUUCAUUGGAAUGCAUGGGGCGGGGCUUACCCACCUCCUCUUCCUGCCUGAUUGGGCCGUCAUCUUCGAACUAUAUAACUGUCAGGAUGAAAGCUGCUAUCGAGAUCUGGCUCGGCUGCGGGGAAUACAUUACGUGACUUGGCAGAAAAGGGACAAAGUGGUUCCUCAGGACAAGGGUCACCAUCCCACACUGGGGGAACAUCCCAAAUUCACCAACUACUCCUUUGAUGUGGUGGAGUUUAUGCGCAUUGUCCUCCAGGCAGCUGAAUAUGUCCAAAACCAUCGGAAGUGGCCCAAACAGAAACACGACGAGCUGUAAGGCUGACGAAAGAGGACAAAUGGCAGGGACUGGUCUGUCACUUCUGCUAAGAGUCACUAAAUGCACAGCCAUAGAUUUGCUGGGCGAUGUGUUGCCACAUUACUCAACUUGUUACUGUGGAAAACCAUGAAUGUUUUUGUUUUGUAGCUACUGUUAUUUGUAGAUGGUUGUAAAAGGUCUGCUCUGGCAUUCUUAUCUAAAUCUUAAAUUAGGUUAAUUAAAGGUGGGAAAGACAGUUAGGAGCAGCAAUUGUUUUCUACAGUGUAUAUAGUCCCACUCCUCUCAUCAAAUGCUUCUCCUACCUCCAGCUUGUUGAUCCAAUUAUUUUCCUUAAUGAUGGUGGGCCUAAUAGAAGAUGGCAACACUUAAGAAUCUACCAGUUGUAACCUUGGUCACAUUUUCUGUGUGGCUUUUUUUUUUCCAGAAAUCACAUGCCAUUCACCAUAGGUUCUGUCCUCUUUGACACUCCCAUCCAUCCCACUCUCAUUUUAUACCUAAGGAUUUUUUUUGUGUAGGGCAUGCUAUUAACAGCGCCCACCUGUGCUCCAUGUGCAAUUUGAUAAUGUAGUGGUGACAUGUACUUAGCAGAGCACUCUGUCACUGUUCAGUGACUGAAGGCUCUGUCAGGAAAUGUGUUCUACCACUCUGCUCCUUCAUGGAAAAUGGGUCUUUGCUGUGGGUCAGUUGGUGUGCAGAAUGCGCCCAGCCGAUAUCUUUAUACGUUAAAUGUAGCAGAAAAAGAGAACCUCUGGAUAAUAGUUUUUGCCAACCCAUAUCUUUUCCCUCCUGUCCUUAAUUCCUACUUAAAACCUAUUUUGUGGAUACAUGAAAAUGCCUUAAUGGUAAGGGCUGAUGGCACAAAGGUCAUAAUAUUUGCUAUUGUUUAGUUCAAG